AUGAAACCAAUAAAUAUGUUUGGUUUGAUACGUUUGCAAGGAAGAUCGGUGAUACGAGCCAGUAGGUUUACAAAGCUUGCAACUACCAGUCCUUUUACUCUUAGAACUUAUGCAACGAACGCGGAAGAGUUAGAUCCUACUGAAAAAUUGAUCAAACCGAGCAAUAUUAUAAAUAGGAUCAAUGAUCUAAAUCUAGGCAUAUCCGAGAGAGCAGCCUCCAGAUUGGCUCAAAUAUACAGAGAUUCUCAAGAAGUGCUAAAAAUUGGCAUUGAAAGUGGAGGAUGUCACGGGUUUCAAUACACAUUACAGCUGAUCCCUGAAUCCAAAGUAGACGUUACAACCGGCAUUAUGAAAGAAGUCAAAUCCACCGAAAAAGAAAAUGACGCUACGGAUGAAUUUGAAGAUGAUGCAGAUGCGAAAUUGACCAUCUAUGAAUUAAAUGAUGACACUGGGAAAGUUAUAAUCGACCCGAAGUCGUUAAAGAUAUUGAACAACACCAUAUUAACAUAUACGAAGGAACUGAUAGGUUCGAGUUUCAAAAUCAGUGGUGGUGAUUUAAAGAGUAGUUGUGGAUGUGGUAGUAGUUUCGAUAUUGAGGUUUAA